AAAACUUUAAUUUAUAGAACGGUCUAACCCAAAAGGCUAUAGGCUAGACAUAUUUGUUUGUGAAAACAUUUUGAACGUUUACAUUUUUACAGUUCCACACAUUUUUCUGUUUCAUAAAUGUUUAGCAGCUAAAACGGUCAAACCCACGCUCGUACAAUUCUCUAUCUAUGGAGUAACGUAAGCUAAAAAGUGACAACUAGCCCCGUUUCGCGUUUAUAGCCCAUUUAACCGAUUUGCGUCUCUGUGUAAAACAUUCAGGUAUAACUCAGCCCUUUAUAAAAACAGGCUGCACGUUCUGUGAGUUCAAAACAUCAUUGAACAGAAUGAGAUAAGCCCGCGUUCAACUGGUGUUGCUUCAUGAACUUCCCAAAGCGCAUGAUCUGAUGCGGAGGAAAGCUCGUGCUUGUAGUGAUGUAGAUGUGUGUGCGUGGCUGCAGGAUGAGAUAAAAACGCACUCGCACGGAUCCAGUCCUCGAGACUUCAUGUAAAUACCCCACAAACGAUCGCGGAGGGACGUCUCUCUCACGCACAACUUCCACUACACCCACCUGGAAACUAGAUACACGUACCGCACAUCUGCGCCGAUGAAGGGCGAAGAUGAUGUGAAUACUGCGAGGAAGGAUGAGGAGGCUGACGGCUCGGGUGAGAAACUCUUGGGUUUCAACAGCACAGAGGAGCAUCCAUCGGGCCCGAGAGGACAAGACAGCAUGUGGCGAAAUGAGAAAUAUGAAACUGUCCCAUUGGAUGUGCGGGGGACUGAUGAAGACGAUUCUAAAGGCACUAGAGAUUCUCUAUACCCCCAGACUGCUCUCCGCAAGUCUCAGCAGGAAAACGAGAGACCAAAGGACGCAAAACUGUGGCCGUACUUCCAGGAUGGCUUAAGGCGGAUAGAUUAUGUCCUCACCUACAAUGUCCAGAUGCCCCAGAGCACCCACAAACAGUCGUCCAAGUCCUGCUUGUGCUGCAGAUUCAAACGUGAACCGAAAAUCCCACCUGCACAUGAGGACCCCGAACUCGCAGCCCAGGAGCAGAGGCUGGAUUACCACGCGGACGACCAGCGCCUCCGCAGGGAGGAGUUUGAGGAGAACCUGAGAGAAAUGGGCCUUGAGAUGGAGAAAGAGGAAGGGACUAAACUACCAGGUGUGGGAUUCUUGAAGAUUCAUGCGCCUUGGGACGUUCUUUGUCGAGAAGCUGAGUUUAUGAAGCUCAAAAUGCCAACAACAAAGAUAUAUAAAGUCAGUCAGGGAAGCAGCAUUGUAGAGAAGGUCAACAUGUUCCUGCAGAAAGUCACUGCACCCUUGCAACCUAAAGUUGGGGAAAACCAGACGGAAAAUGAGAAACACCUCUCCUACCCUUUCUCACGAGAAAAGCAGCAUCUCUUUGAUUUAUCAGACAGAAAUUCCUUCUUCGACAGCAAAACCAGGAGCUCAAUAGUGUAUGAGAUUUUAAAACGAACAAAAUGCACAAGGGCCAAGUAUAUCAUGGGAAUCAGCAGUCUGCUGGGCAGUGGUGUCUACACAGAGGCCUACCCAUUGCAUGAUGGUGAUAUUGAUGGUGUACACGCUGAAACCAAUGACAGAAAGAUCUUGUAUGAACAGUGGGCGAGUUACAGCAUAUUCUACAAGUACCAACCCAUCGGAUUAGUCAGGAAGUAUUUUGGUGAGAAAGUGGGCCUGUACUUUGCCUGGCUAGGAGUGUAUACUCAAAUGCUAAUUCCAGCAGCAAUUGUGGGAGUCAUUGUGUUCCUGUACGGCUGUGCCACUGUGGACAACAACAUCCCCAGUAUGGAGGUCUGCGACGAGAGAAACAAUAUCACCAUGUGCCCAAUGUGUGACCGAGCCUGCAGCUACUGGAAACUGGUCACGGCUUGCGGCACCGCUAGGGCCAGCCACCUGUUCGACAAUGCGGCCACCGUCUUCUUCGCCAUCUUUAUGGCACUAUGGGCCACCAUGUUUAUGGAGCACUGGAAGAGAAGGCAAAUGAGGCUCAAUUACGUCUGGGACAUGACCAGCUUUGAAGACGGCGAGGGGAAACAAAAGAGUCAGCCGAGAGCAGAGUAUGAGUUCCAUGUCAUGAAGAAGUCCUUGAAGAAAGAGCAAUCCCCAAAGGCAGAAAAUGUGAAGCUGACAUGUAGAGACAGAAUGCCAGCAUACAUGACUAUUAUCACCAUGAUGGUUUUUUUGAUCUUUGUGACCUUGGCUAUCGUGUUUGGUGUGGUGCUAUACAGGGUCUCCAUUAUGACUGCCCUGCACAUGAGUUCCACUCCCACCUUCCGCACUAAUAUACGGGCCACCGUUAAAACCACUGCUGCUAUCAUCAACCUCAUUAUCAUCAUCAUAAUGGAUGAGGUCUAUGGAGCAAUUGCACGUUGGCUCACUAUUAUGGAGGUGCCAAAAACUGACAAGAGUUUUGAGGAGAGGCUGAUCUUCAAGACAUUCAUAUUGAAGUUCGCAAAUGCAUUUACCCCUAUUGUGUACCUGGCAUUCUUCAGAGGCAGAAUCAUUGGACGUCCUUGCAAAUAUCUCUACGUUAUGGGGUCUUACCGAAUGGAAGAGAAUCUGGUACACUCUUCUCAGAGGAAUCAGUAA